AUCAUUAUUUACCGCCAAAAAUAAUUACAAAAAUUGCAAAACUACGAUAAGAUAAUAUCCGUUUAUAAAAUUUGUGGUAAUGUGUACUUCUGUUUUGAAGAGUACUUUUGAACAUUUGUAAAAAUCAAUAAGUUUUUUAGUAACAAUGUCUCUUAAAAGAGGAGCUUUAAUAGUUAUUGAAGGUGUAGAUAGAACUGGAAAAUCCACACAAAGUAAAAACCUAGUUGAGAAUUUAAACAAUCGGAAAAUUAAAGCGGAAUAUGUAAACUUUCCUGACAGGAGUACUGAAAUUGGCAAAGUGAUUAACAGCUACUUGAAGUCUAAGAAUGAUUUGUCAGAUGAAACAAUUCACUUAUUAUUUUCUGCAAACCGAUGGGAGAAAGCUCGCAGUUUAAUAAAAAAGCUGGAAGAAGGCAUUAGUAUUAUUGUUGAUAGAUAUUGCUACUCAGGUGUAGCAUUUACUGCCGCCAAAGGUUAUGAUAUAAAUUGGUGUAAGUCACCAGACUCCGGAUUACCAAAACCUGACAAAGUAUUUUUUCUUACAAUGCCACUUGAAAAUAUUCUGCAGAGAAAUGGAUUUGGCAAUGAGAGGUAUGAGGUAUUGGACUUUCAGAAAAGGGUAUCCGAAAUGUAUGAUAAAUUAAGAGAAGAUAAUUGGGAGGUUUUAGAUGCCAGGAGAUCAAUACAGACAAUAGAAGAUGAAUUACUGGAGAAGUCAUUGGAUGUUAUUAAAACUGCUGAAUUAAAUCCUAUAGAUAAAAUAUGGCUUAAAUAAAAUAAUUUUAAUUUAAA